CCUUCUGACACAACUCCAGAUCUGUCGAUCCAAACCUCUGAUCCCUCCUAGACGCAGAAUCGAUCGUCCACCACUUGCUAAGCUUAUUCUCUGCUCCACCAAACAGGGAAAGCACUCAGCAAUAUUCCCUGCUGGGUCGGGGUGGCCGAUCGUCCAGAAUGCGCUCCACAUGUCCAUCUUUUCCUGUGCUUCCCCCUAGCCUCAUUGCGCGGGCGAAUUGCUUUUUGGCUCUUUUCUCUUUUGUUUCAUAUACAUCCAUUCUAUGUGUAAUUGGGUAUCCUCCGUAUUUGUCUGUUUAUCUCGAGCUACUCGAAUACGAUUGUCCAGCAUCAAACCUUGAACUCCAUACCCUGCCGAGUGAGAAAGUUAUGAAGUCACCAUCUGACCAAACGAGAAAGAGAUGUAGAAACCACCGUCGAAUGGUUCCGGUUCAUCAACCAUGCAGCUGAUUAUUGGCAUUAUUGUCAUGAAAGGAUAAAAGAACGGACGAUAGAAUAAUACAGAGAGUA